AUGGCAAGUACUCUUGUCUCAGCCAAGCUUCCCCCUGAUGUAGAUCCAACAAAAGCUCCUAUUGCAUUUGGGAGGAGAGCUCUGCCUAAACUGAAUGGAGAGAUACAAUCUCCUGAGGUGCUGACUCAGCAACGGGCAUUGAUGGCACUCUGUGAUCUGGUCCAUGACCCAGAAAAUAUCUACCAGGCAGUCCAAAUAGGUUUCUUGGAGAACUUGAAGACCUUGCUGCAGCAUCAUGACAGUACUGUCCGAGAGAAGACAACAGAAAUUCUCUAUAUAGUGUCGAUGCAUAAUGUUGGCAGGCAAGGAUUGAUACAAAAUGCAGUCAUACCUGUCCUCACUGAACUCUUGGAUGACCCAGAAGACAUUUGUCGGAAGAACACACAUCAAGUGUUUGACAUGAUGGCCAAGUUACCUGAAGGGGCUGUUGAUAUCCUGCGUGCUGGUUUGAUUCCCUUACUCAUACUCAAAUUGAAGACUGAGUCAGAUGAAAUCCAGGAGCUAAUCCUAGGCACACUCUCCAACUGUCUGCGUGUGGAAGCUUCUGAAGCUUUGGCAAAUGAUGCCAUCACUGUUCUGAAAGAAAAGCUCACGCAUCCCUCAGUGACCAUCAGAAGCAAAGCAGCUCAGGUCGUUUUAGAAAUCGGUACUCAUCCAGAGGGAAAAAGCACAGUGUGUGAAGAGGUCUUUCCACUACUGGUGAGCCUGUUAGAAGAUACAGAUCCUGAAGUCCAAGCUAGUGCAGCAGGAGCACUGAUGUUUGCUACCAUUAAACCUAAGGGGAGAUGCUUAGCUCUACGUGCUGAAGCCAUUCCACGGUUACUGAAGUUGGUUGCUGAGGAAAACAGCAAAGCCCGUCUGAAUGCAAUUAAAACCCUCACCAUGCUGGCAGAAGUAGCUGAGGGUCGCAGGAAGCUCCUAGAACAUACAAACACGUUUCAGCAGUGCCUAAGGGACCCCAGCGAGGCAGUGAAAAGAGCUGCUGAAAUUGCCAUCAGAGUCAUCCAAUGGAAACCUUUCUGA